AUGGGUUAAUUACAUGAAACCCUAUUUUUCAUAUAUCUUAAGCAUCAAGUAAAUUUAGAAGUAGAAAGAUCAGAAUAAGCUGAAAUAGCUCAGGAAAAGCAGCUUUAAGGAAUGACUAUUAUUAUCAAAAAUCCCUAGCGAUACAUUCCUAGAAGGAUUAACAGGUAAAUUGCAAGAUAUCUCCAAAAUUCCUAUAUGAUAAGGUUGAUCAUCUUAUUGCUUAAGGUAUAAUAAGGAUCACAUAAAAAAGCCAAUUAUAUUAAAUAAACUAACAAUAAAGGAAAAGAUUAAAGAGAAUUAAAAAUAUACCAGAAAAUAUCAGAAAGCUAUUCUUAUUACAAAUAAAAAUGUGCAAUAGUCAUAAAGAGAAGAUGA